AGGGCCUUUGGACCCUGGCAGGCCCAGUCCAGCCUCCCAGCAGUCCGGGGUCUGAGAAGCAGCAAGACCGUGGUGCCUGGACCCCCGCCGUGCCCCCCCUCCUGGAGCAGAGAGCCAGCUCGGUUUCUUGGCAACAUCCCGAGGAAUCCAGCCGCUGCACACUGGCUCCUUUCCUCUCCCCUCCCACCCGCCCGCCUGCCUGCAGGGGCUGGAGGCGGAGGCAGCCAGCCUCAUUAUAAAAAGCGACCGAGCUUAGCGGUGAGGGGACCGCACUGAGCUCCAACACGCGUGCAGCCCCAGCUGCCCGCCCUGGCACCCUGCUCAGACCCUUGCUCGCCCUCAGCUAUGGCUGCGACACCGCUCUCCUGGCUGCUCCGCUUGGUUGCCCUCUGCCAUCUAAGCACCAUGCUGGCUGGACAGCACCUUGGUGUGACGAAAUGCAACAUCACGUGCAACACGAUGGUGUCGGAGAUGCCCGUGGAGUUACUCAUUCGCUACCAGCACAACCAGAUAUCCUGCGGCAAACGCGCCAUCAUCUUGGAGACGAGAAGACACAGAUUCUUCUGUGCUGACCCGAAGGAGAAAUGGGUCCAAAAGGCUAUGGAACACCUAGACCGCCAGGCUACUGCACUGACUCGAAACGGCGGCACAUUCGAGAAGCAGAUCGGCGAGGUGAAACCCAGGACCACCCCAGCCACCAGGCGAAUAGAUGCAUCUGUGGCCUCCAACCCCGAAGCCACCAGGGAAAGCAGUCGCCUGGAGCUGACUCCUUCUUCCCAGAAGCCUCAGGACGCUCAGAGGGCCCUGGAGACUUCUCCAGAGUUGCCAGUGGGUGCUACUGAGUCCUCCGAGACCAGGUCUGCCCCCACUUCAAAGGCUCAGGAUGGAGGGUCUUCAGCUGCGCCUGAGAGCACUGAGCUCUUCACCACAGUUGCUGUCUCCACCACCGUAGCUUGGCCAAGUUCUGCUGCCUACCCAGCUGGGGCUGGGCUUUGGGCUGAGGGAGAGACCACUGAGGCCCCUUCCACUGAGCACCCCUCUAACCAAGCCCUCUCCACUCAGCCUCCCACCAUAUCUCACCUAGCCCCAGAGGACAAUGUUGGGCCUGAAGGCCAAGUUGUGUGGGUCAAGGGACAGAGCCCUAGGCCAGAGAGCUCACUAGGGCCAAAGGCCCUGGGUCCCAUCCCAGCUCACACCAAUGCUCCCCAGAAUUGGGAGCCUGGCAGCAUGGCCCAUGUUUCUGCAGUCUCUAUCUCCUCAGAGGGGACCCCCAGCAGGGAGCCAGUGGCCUCAGGCAGCUGGGCCUCCAAGGCUGAAGAACCCAUCCACGCCACUGUAGACCCCCAGAGGCUGGGUGUCCUUAUCACUCCUGUCCCUGACUCCCAAGCAGCCACCCGGAGGCAGGCAGUGGGGCUGCUGGCCUUCCUGGGCCUCCUCUUCUGCCUUGGAGUGGCCAUGUUUGCCUACCAGAGUCUCCAGGGCUGCCCCCGCAAGAUGGCAGGGGAGAUGGUGGAAGGCCUUCGCUAUGUCCCCCGGAGCUGUGGCAGCAACUCAUACGUCCUGGUGCCCGUGUGAGAUGCCCACCACCUGCAGCCAGUUGUUGGACUCAGACAGCAGCCUGGGGCCCCCAACCUUACAUGCAUCCCCACCCGAGGGCCUGAGUUAGGAUCGGAGUGGGGAGGCUGGAGCCUCCAGAUGCAAACUUCUACAACCUCCCAGGCAUGCCCCAGGAGGCCACACCCUUGACCAUUCCUACCUUCUGGGGACUUAGGGGGUAGUCUCCCAACUCACCCUAAUCCACAAACUCGCCUCUGCUGCUGGCUAGUUAGAGGUUCCCUAUGGCACCGUCCCGGCCCCGAUGACCAUUAUUUAUUGAAUGCCAGGCCCUCUCUGGCCCACGCCUCCUUGUGAGUACCUCGCUCCUCCAUCUCACAAAUGAGCAUCCCAUCAGGCCCUCCUGCCCCCUCCCUCAGACCUCAUCAUGUCUCCUGGUCCUGCUGCAGUCGCCAGUCACCCGGCCACCUGCGGUGCUAUCGCUCCUGUCCCCUGUACAGAGCCCACGCCCCAACCGGGAAGUGUCUUUUCUUGCAUGAGCCUAGUGUGGUGUUUCCUGGGACACUCCCAGCGAAGACUCUGUCCUCGGUCAGGCAUCUCGGGAGGGGAGACGAGGUGACCUGGUAACGUGAUUGUUUCCCUCUUCAGCCUACGUGUGCAGUGAAGGGACACUGGCUAUGGGCCCGCGGGCUGGGGUUCUAGUCCCAGGUCCAACAUUAACCCAGCAAGAUAUUCCAAUCUGUGAAAAGCAAGAGGGAAGACAUGGCAAUAACUUCUGCCCAGCGGCACCCAUCUACCUGAGGCCCUGUCCUCAGCCCCUGGACGCAGCCUCACCAUCGUUACCAGCACAGUCCCUUAAACAGUCACAGCCAAUCCCUUAGAGUGGUACUUCUGUGACCCUGUGAGCUGAGGAGCCUGCAAGGCAGUGAUCUGUCUGGAGGCGGUAUCCUAUGGGCCCCCCAAUGGGGGUUGGGUGGGGGCACUUGAGGGAGCAGAGGCCAGCUCUGAAGGCUCCUUCCUGUCUCAACCAGCACCCUCCUCUGAACUCUGCCCCACCAGAGGGAUGGGGACAUGGGGCCCACUAGAAGCUUUGGAGCAGCCAUACUCCUGACACUGCUUUAGGGACUUGUGCUGGUGGCCAGACCCAACGGGCCGCCGUCUGGGUUCGCCUUCCACCUCUCUCACUCCCCGAGAACACUUUCUCCACACUCCAGGAUCUCCUCCCCUCCCCUUCAUUCCAGAAAUCGCUAUGACGUUUUCCAUGAGUCCUGAGUUGUUUUUUCUUCAUGAAAGGGCUCUGUUCUGGGAUGGGGGGAUAGCCACGGUGGGGCGGGGAAAUACAGGCAUAAAGUCAGGGUUCCCUUUGUGGCAGCUGAAGUCCCAGGACCUCUGUGUGGCACUGGAAGUGACAGGGCUGGCCUGAUCAGGGGUCCUUGGUGGCAGCUCAGUUUUCCUUCCGAUUGUCCCCAAGGGUGACCCUUGCCCUUCAUAUAAGGAGCCUUUUGUGGGCUGGGCGUCACCCAGGUGCCAGUGACACACUCCUUCACGAUGGAUGCCCAGAAGAGGGAGACACAGCUAGGGUCCAACUGGCACCCCUUACAUCCAUGUGCUGGGCGUGCACAACAUGUUGGGACGCUUAGGACCUGACUCAAGGCUCAGAGAGGGGGAAAGAAAAUCUGAAUGCACUUUUUUCUGGCUCCUCCAGGCUGGGAGAGCCUUUGGAGGGGGGCACCCAAUGAUGGUGUCCCCCUCCUUUGAGAGAAAGCUGCUGGGGCAAUUGGUCCCCCUUCAAGGACUUCAUUAGUUCCUCCAAGCAGGACACGAACAAGGACAAUCUGGAAAGGACUUUGGAAGGAGUUAGUUGAUCCUUUUGCUUUUCCAAUCCUCACCACCAAUGUCUGUGCCAUUUUGUAUUUUACUAAUAAAACCGAAAAGUCUUGUGAAUCAAA